GCCACCCUGUGGACAUUUCGGGGAACUGCGGCGUUUUUAUAGGAGGCGCCCCGUCUGCUUCCUGUAUGAUCCGCAUUGGGUGGGACAGCGGAAGCGGCAGCGCUGCACGCCGACGGUCAAUUAUUCCGAGUUAGAUACUCAAACUAAGAUUUAAAAUGCCGGCUUACCAUUCGAGUCUGAUGGAGCCCGACACCAAACUGGUGGGGAAUAUGGCUCUGCUGCCGCUGAAAACCCAGUUUAAAGGCCCUGCUCCGAAAGAGACCAGAGAGACUGACAUCGUUGAUGAGGCCAUAUACCACUUCAAAGCUAACGUCUUCUUCAAGAACUAUGAAAUCAAGAAUGAGGCGGACAGAACGCUGAUCUAUGUCACGCUGUAUAUUUCUGAGUGCCUGAAGAAAUUUCAGAAGUGCACUUCCAGGAGUCAGGGUGAGAAGGAGAUGUACACGCUGGGCAUCACAAACUUCCCCAUCCCAGGGGAGCCCGGCUUCCCCCUGAACGCCAUGUACGUCAAGCCCUCGGGGAAAGCGGAAGAAGAAACCAUGAGGGCCUACCUGCAGCAGGUUCGGCAGGAGACGGGCCUGCGGCUGUGCGAACGCGUCUUCGAUCCCCAGACGGACAAGCCCAGCAAAUGGUGGCUUUGCUUUGUGAAGAAACAGUUCAUGAACAAAAGUCUUUCUGCUCCAGGCCAGUAAUAAAAACUGGAUACAUUUUUAAUCAGCUAAGUGGGUACACUUGUCCCGUCCAGAUGAUUUUUAUACAUAUCCGGGAGUCCAAUGCCUUGCCUGUAGGCUGUGGAACCAAGCUGGGUUCAUUUGACUGAUUUUAAGCAUUCCCUCAAUAUGGAAUAAAGUAUUCUUUUAAAACCGUA